CCAACCUCCGGUUGCCACAACAACGACGUUUGCGUCGAAGGACCGAGAAGCGUGAAGGCACGGGGCUCGGCGAUCCGUUAGGAGUUAGAAAAGUAUUAGAAUAUGUUCUUCUUUUAUGUUGUUUUCUCACUAAUUUAUCUUUAAAUUGAACUCCUCAGACGAGACAAUGAGUUGAGUCAGUUCCUUUUAAAAAAGUAGGGGAAACGGAGCCUCUUGUUUACAUUUUUGGUCCGUUAUUGUCUCGGAUGCUCGAAAAUGGCGGUGUUUUAUUUGUGAACGUAGUAGCCGUUUGAAGACAAGAUGAAUAAUACAAUCACAUCAAGCAGCGGUCAGGUGGCAAAUGUGACAGUGAGAAGGAGUGAAUGUUCAGAUGCCGAAGCCAUUGAAAACCUCCUCAGCCCCGAAGCCUUGGAGCUUUUUGGUCCCAUCAAUGUCCUUCAACUCCUGGAGAAGGCCAACUUGGCGGUGACCUUGGCCAGCGAGGAAGGUGACGUGAUGGCCCACGCGUCAUUCUUUGACCAUCCCGUCACCUCACUGGUUGAUCCACCUCACUGGGAAUCUUUCUUUUGCAAGCACUUAAAAGCUGACGCCUUGACGCCAUGGAACACACUCUUCCUUCAUCUGUUUGUGUCCCAGACCGCCUUCUCCGCCGCAAGCUUUCAGCACAUCAUGAGUGCCGUGUUCAACACCACUGCUGAGCUGGACUUCGUGUGCCUGUUGAGCUCAACAUCGGUCUGCUUAGAUGCGGCAUUGGACGAGUUGUUGGAGCCUCUGCAGCGUCUGACUGAAGAAGAAAAAGAAGAAGAAGAAGAGGAGGACGAAAAAGACAAAGCAGCAGCUGAGUUGAUGGCAUUCGUGUGUCACCGACGAAGACUUUGUCCAAGACUUUAUGUCCGGCCUGCAAGGGUUGAAGACCACGAUGACGUCAUGCACAUCGUGGCUCAGCAGACGAAGAUUUUGUCGGUCCUGCAGCGGCCCUACUUCCUGUCGGAGCUCAUCGAGGCCCAGGACAAGAACAACCACGCCGCCGUGUGCGAGUGCGACGGCACCAUCACCGGUUUCAUCAGCGUCACUGCAGAGGUGGACGUGAGGCGACUGCAGGAACAUUUCGACCUGAAGCAUUUUGGCGGCUUGUGCAAAGCCAAGCAGGACGCCGACGACACGGACGACUCUGAAAGCGAUGCUGACCCUCAUCCUCAUGAAGCGGAGAAACCGCCGCAAGAACCGCAACCAGAACCGCAGCAAGAACCUCUAGAAGAACCCGAAUCAGAAGGACAACAAGAAUGCCAGGAGGAGGACGAGGAGGUUCUGUCUUCAACAUCUGACGAAAUCUCAGGGGAACCCAACGCCUUCUGUAUCCAGUUCUUCUUCUCGGAGAAGAACUACGAGAUAAGAUCACUGGACUUGAUUCCAUACAUAUUCCAACUCUUCCCAGAUCUGGACUUCUGCAUCAUCACGGUCCCUACGAUGUCUCUGGACUUCCCGCUCCUGCAGAACUUCCUGAGAGUUCCUCCGCGACCCGGCAGCCUGUUGCCCUCCGACCUUUACAUUCUGCACCGCGACGGGCUGAGGAGCGUCAACGUGCGACCGGCGCUGGAGUCCGACCGGGACGGCCUCGCCGACCUGGUGCGCCGCGUGAGGAGGGGAAGAGUCGCCCUGCUGCGGGAUCUGGAUCUCCUCUUCGACAACCAAGCCGAUGCGGCCGAGUGUCCUCUGCAGGCCUUUGUGGCCGACGUGGACGGCGCCCUGGCGGGGAUGCUGAUCAUCAGAGAUGAGAUGGACAUGGAGUACAUCCGGGCCCGCUACAAUAUCGAGAACUUCAUCUACUUCAGCCAUCACGGCGCGCAGGAGCACGCUCAGCUGCGCCACUUUGUGCUCCGCCGCUGCUUCCAACACUUCAGCCGACAUUUGUUCAAGGAGGCGCUGCGGCUGGCCCGCAAGUCCAGCCUCUACCACCGCGUGUACCCGCUGGGCUCGGGCCGGGAGGACGGCUGCGUGGAUCAUCUGGACUUUGUCCUGGACUGCGCCGUCCCCGUGCGUCCCCGCCGUCAGAUCAUCUACCCUCUCAAGGAGCUCGGACCCAACGCGCCUGCCAGGAGCAUCACUGAGGAACAGGCUCCGUUUGCUCUCAACCUCAUCAGCCGCAAGCUGACCAUGGAACCAAAGGUCACAGUCAACGCCAGGAUCGUCCUGGUGGGGGCUUCGGACACAGGCCUGUCCUUCCUCGAGGUGCUUUGUUUCUGCCCUCACCUGAGAUUCAACAACCUCACCCUCAUCUCCACAAACGGUUUCCCCGCCGACUACGGCCCGGCCGGCAUCAAGUUCCUAUCCACCAGCCACGCCUACAACAGCAGAGAAAUGGCGCAGCUGCCGCUGCGCUCCUGCGUGGCCGAGGUUGCCGCGAAGAUGGUCGCCAUCAACAGGAAGUCUAAACACGUGGUGGUGUCCAGCGGUGCCAAGAUUCCCUACGAUUACCUCGUCCUCUGUACCGGCCUGCAGUACCAGGUGCCUUGUCCGACGCAAGUGGAUCAGGAGCAGCCCGAGACAAAUGAGCCGCGGAAGGAAGCGUCCUUCCCCCCCAGAUACACCGGCACCGUGCCCUCCAAUUUCUUCACCCUCAACGACCCGCACGACUGCAACACAGCUCGAGACUGGCUGCUCGAAAACUUUGUGAGGAAGAAAGAUAACGCCGUCGUCUAUGGGAACGGCCUUGACGUUUUCACCACCGUGGAGAUGUUACUCCGCAUCGGAGUGCGGGGAUCCUGCAUCCAUCUGGUGCUGACACCCCCCCUGCGCGCCGUAGCCAAUGAUUCGCCCCCUGCAAGUCACGGCACAAAUGACCACCCUCCUCAGAGCAAUGCCACCGACGACUUGCCUCUUGACGACACCAAUGACUCACCUCGCGAGACGACCGUCACCAAUGAUUCGCCGCCUGAAAGUGACGUCACGAAUGACCCGCCUCCUGAGAGUGAUGUCACUAACUAUUCGCCUCGCCAGAGUGACGUCACUUCCGAUUCGCCUCGUGAGAGUGAUGUCACCGAUGACUCGCCUCGUACGACGACCGUCACCAAUGAUUCGCCUUCUGAAAGUGAUGUCACGAAUGACCCGCCUCUUGAGAGUGAUGUCACUCACGAUUCGCCCCAGGAGAGUGACGUCAUUAAUGAUUCGCCCCGGGAGAGCGACAUCACCAGUGAUUCACCUCGUGAGAAUGAUGUCACCAAUGAGUCGCCUCGUGAGAGUGACAACGAUUCACUCCGUGAAAGUGACAUCACCAAUGACCCGCCUCCCGAAACUGACGCAACCACGGACCCGCUUGCCGAGAUUGACAUCACCGAUGAUUUGCCUUUUGAAAGUGAUGUCACCAACGAUUCACCACCUGAGAGCGACGUGACCAACGACCCUCCUCCUGAGAUUGACGUCACCAGUGAUUCGCCUCCUGAAAUCGACGACAGCAAUGAUUCCCCCCGUGAGAUUGAUGACACGACUGAGUCGCUUCCUGAAAGUGAUGUCACCAAUGAGUCACCGCCCGGGAGCGAUGUCACCCAAAGUUCGCCUCCUGUGAGUGAUGUCGCAGACGAUUCGGCUCAUCGGAUUGAUGUCGCCGGCAGUCCGGCUCUGGAGAACGGCCCUUCUAGUGACCCGCUUCCCGACAGCGGCGUCGCCAAUGACCCGCCGCCCGAACCCCGCGUAGCCAGUGACUCACUUCCCAAAAUGAUCUUGUCCAAUGAGCUGCCUCCCGAGCCGAGGGGUCUCUACUUUUCCGACGCGGGCGUGGAAAGCGCAGUGAUGGCGGCUAUGACGAAGGCUCAGGUCCACAUCCACCACGAUUGCCUUCUGAUGCAGAUGAACAACGGCGAGCAUCCCGAUCCUCUCACGUCCGUUUCCUUCAGCACCGGCUCGGAAGCCCUCCACCUGCCCUGCGGCGUGUUCAUCAACCUGUCCAGCCGAGGCGUGGACUACGACGCCUUUGGCAGCAUCAACAGCUCCUUCCUGGUGUUCGACGGCCGGCUGGUCAUCGACGGCGCCUUCCGAACCAACGACGCCGCCAUCUGGGGAGCCGGCCCGCUCACCAAGUUCUCUCGCUCGUACUACAGCGACGAGUGGUCGCACGCCAACUUCAACUCCAAGGAGGUGGGUCAGGAGCUGGCGACCAUGUUGCUGAGGCACUUUGACCCGACGCUGGAGGCCCACUGCGAGAUGCCCAGCGCCGCGGACCGCCUCGUUCCCAUUUACAAGCGGCCCAAGAUCAAAGGUGCCAAGUUACCGGGACGACUAAACUAUCUUUGCGUGACCAAACCGGUCGCCAGCAGGCCGCGAGGACCUUCUGUGGCAUGCGGCCGGCGCAUCGCCACGGGCCGCCCGGAGAGCGGCGACUACUUCUGCCUGCAUCUGGACCGCAACCAGGUGGUGGAGACCAUCACCUGUUUGUCCCUCAAGCCACUCCCCGUACACAACCUGAUGUGUUUGUACGGCAAACACCAGCAACUCCUUGGACAGCUGCUGGUCAGACUGCAGCUGCGGCAGAUCCACGACCUCUACAGCUUCUUCAGGCAGAGUUGGUGUUUGGCCAUCUUUCACGACCGAUUCUCCGACUUUGAGGAGGAGCUUCUCCAGGGCGACGCCGAGGUUGACUGCGAGGAGCUUCAGGGCGCCGCCCCUCGGGACUUGAUGAAGAACCCCAGCAGCAGAGCGCCGCUGAGGAUCAACGCCGCCAAAUAUUUGUCCUUCAACCGCAACCUGCUGCCCAUGUUCACUUGCCCCGAUGACUUGUGACAUCAUCGCAGGUGACUUCUUCUUCGUCAUUGUCAUCAUCAUUACAUUUGGCCGCAGGUGGCGACGGUAGGCACAUCCUACAUUGAAGUCGAACCGCAGACACUCUCCAUCAGGAGUGGCGAAGCUCAUUCAAGCUCAGGGGCCACAUUUGCUCCAAUUUGUUCUCAAGUGACCUGGACCGGUGGAUUUGUGGCUUCGGGACCGAGAAAUAACUUUCUCUUUUCCCCCCGACUUUGGCACAAGUAAAGGCUGAAGAAAUUCACACUUAUUCUUAUCUUGGAACAAAUCAUAUGUGCAAUCUGACAUUUCUUCCUCAAAAGUGAAUUAAAUGUCA